AUGGCCGCAGCUCAAAUUUUCGGUGUGGGUGAAAACUGUAAACCAUCGUGGGGAGAUGCUGCAGCAGAUUAUGAUGAAGCAGACGAGCAUUUGGAAAUCAUGGGGAAACCUGUCAUGGAAAGAUGGGAAACCCCUUAUAUGCAUAAACUGGCUUCAAUAGCUGCGUCGAAAGGUGGACGGGUACUUGAGCUCGGCUUUGGAAUGGCGAUUUCAGCGACGAAAAUCCAGACUUUUCCCAUAGACGAGCAUGUUAUCGUUGAAUGCAAUGAUAACGUCUUUAAACGGCUGGAGAAAUUUGCCCAAGUAGCUGAAAGGAAAGUAACUGCGUUGAAAGGCAAGUUAUUUAGUACGGUAUGAUGUCAUGCAGAUCUAAGAAUUCACUCCAAGUUGCAGGCAUUGUUGUGGGAUGAAAUUUUGAAUGUAAAAUACACCUACAUUUUUGAAAUGGGGUAAAAUUUCCGCACAGCCCCAUACUAUUGUAAAACAAAUCUGUUUUCCCAAUGGCAAUGCAUUGUUUUAGUCAUUGUUUUCUCUAUUCAAGAACUGAAUGUAUAAUGAAGUAUGGGGCUGUGCGGAAAUUUUACCGGUGUAAACUUACUCAUCCAUUUAACUCAAUUUUUUUUUUUUUAAUGAAAGGAGAGUUUGAAUUGCAGACACUUUGUACUUCGUGUAUUUUGUACAUUAGAACCCUACUGCUGACUCGAAACUGGUUGACUCGAGCAAGAUCCGAUUUUCCUUGAAUUUGACCCCAUUUCUAUCAGCAAACUCGAACCCGGUUAACUCGAAGUCCCUGUUGACAACAACUAAUUUUACAUUCCCUUAGCUCAAAUUUAACAUCGUAACUUGUACUUUAAAUGAAAAUGUCAGUCGAUGAACAUCUAAGUGUCAGAAAAUAGCCAAUUUUACAGGUUCCAUUUAUUAGACAUUUGACUUAACUUUCCAAACUAAUGUUGUUAUCAAUAAGCUCCUAUAAAACAGACUAAGUUUCCCAAAACCACUGUUGAUUCAGAUUUUGUAAGGGGUAAGAGAAGCAAAAAUAUCAUUCCUUACCAAAGUUAAUGAGAUAAUUUGAGUUCAAAACUUCUCCAAUAACUCAAGCUGCCCCUUCCCCUCCUGACUUCCACUGACUCAAACCAUUUUUCUUCUUUUUCUUGCUAUUUGAGUUAGUGGGGUCUACCAAAUGUUUAUUUUUGUACUAAAAUUAAUGAUGCUGUUUAUAGGCUUGUGGGAAGAUGUUGUUCCUGCCUUACCCAAUGGUUCAUUUGAUGGCAUUAUGUAUGAUACAUACCCCUUGUCAGAAGAAACAUGGCACACACAUCAGUUUAAUUUUAUCAAAGACCAUGCCUUCAGACUUCUGAAGCCAGGUGGAGUUCUGACAUACUGCAACCUGACUUCAUGGGGUGAAUUGUUAAAGACAAAAUACAAUGAUAUCGAAAAGAUGUUCGAGGAGACACAAGUUCCAGAGUUACUCACAUGUGGGUUCCUUAGAGAACACAUAUCAACUGAAGUCAUAGAGGUUGAUGUGGCACCAGAUUGCCGCUACUAUAGCAACAGGGAAAUGAUUGCUCCCACAAUCAUUAAGAAGUGAAACUGGCUUAAAGUCUUCAGCUCAUUUCCAUGAAUUUUUUAGGGUGUACUUGACACAUUUUAUUAUGAACUGUAAAUCUAAUAUUUAUGCAAGUGAUAUGCAGCAUCCAUUUCAUUUCUAAUGAAUUUCUAGGAGAAUAGAUUAUUGUCAGGGGAAGUUAUAAAUGUUUUUGUGGCUCUUGGUUGAUGUUACUACGACA